AUGGACAGCCGAUGCCAACAUCUGACUCCUCAGCUCGUGCUGUUCAUUCUCCCAGCGCAGGCCCCCAGCGUCGUCCCAGUGGCAAAGGCUCCGGAAGUCGCUGCAGCAGCCAAGAGCCGUGACGAGGCACCCAACCGAGAGGAGAAGGCUAAGGCCGCCUCGGCUCCUUCAGAGGCGCCCGCGUCCCGUGCGGCGGGCCUUGUGGCCGGGGCCGGAGCUCCCAAGGCGGCUGGGACCGGCGUCACCACCACCAGCCCCGCCAGCGCGGGA